AUGGUUACAACUACUAAAUAUCCGCGUACUUCGAAUAAUACAAAACCUCAUCCAUGUUUUACUUGUAUAGAACCGCUUGUUGGUUACACUGAUCAUCCAGGUUCAUGCAAAUAUAUUAAUGAAAGUUCACCGUCGUCGUUGGAGUAUGUAGCCGAUUGUAAUACUAGUGAUAGAAAUAAUAUUAGCGAAUAUGAAUGUCGAAAAGUAGUGGUUAGUUAUCGUUCCGUGGAAACAUUUUUACGUCGUGAUUGUGCACCGAAAGGUCUAUGUUCAUGGAAAGAUAAAACUGGAUCAAUGAUCAAUACACCCGUUUCGGAUUGUGUUUAUACCGAUGAAAUUAGCGAAAAACUUGAAUAUUUUGCUGGUAAAGAUUUAACUGAUCAUUUUAUUAAAUUGCUCAAUAAACAUGGUUAUUCAUUUGAAUCUACAACUGAACGUGAAAAUGCUCGUGUAAUAAAAGAACUUUCAUGUUCGAUUGGGUUGGAAAUUAAUAAAACAGACGCUCUUCAAUCAGAAUUGUCUCGUGAAAAAUAUAAUUUUCCUAAUUUUACAUCGUAUUCGAUAGGCGACGAAGCAGACAAAUGUUCUGAGAUCUUAUUUGAUCCGGAAGAUAUCGGACGAAAUCGAGGUAUUCAUCAAAUAUUGACCGAUUCGAUUGUGAAAUGCGAUAUAUGCACUCAACAAGAGUUAUGCAAUAAUAUUAUCUUGGCUGGUGGAAUAACAAAUAUUCAAGGAUUGCGAGAUCGUCUUCAAGAAGAACUGCAAGCAUUAACAAUCAAUCAAAUACAUAUAUCUGAUGGUGCUCCUGAAAAGCGUCAGUACUUGCCGUGGUUAGGAGCAGCGAUGUUAUCCACAUCACCAAAUUUAAAAGAUUUCUGGAUCUCCAAAAAUGAAUAUUAUGAACAUAGUCGUUCAUUUUUUCAUGCAAAAUGCUUUUAA